AUGUCUUUCUUUUCCAUUGGGGUCCUACUGGGCAUUCUCCCCCUUGGUUCCAGCCAGUUCCCUCGGGCAUGUGCCAAUUCGGACAGCCUGUUGAAGAAGGAGUGCUGCCCAGUUUGGCCUGGAGAUGGUUCCCCCUGUGGACAGCUUUCCGGUAGAGGAUCCUGCCGAGAUAUCCUUCUUUCAAACGCCCCGCUUGGUCCUCAGUACCCCUUCUCGGGGGUGGAUGACCGGGAAGACUGGCCUGCCGUGUUUUACAACAGGACGUGCCAAUGUUCGGGUAACUUUAUGGGUUUCCAUUGUGGCGAAUGCAAGUUCAACUUUGUGGGCCUUAACUGCAGUGAAAGGAGGAUGCGGGUAAGGAAGGACAUCUUUCGGAUCAGUGACAGGGAAAAGAAUCAGUUCCUUGCCUACCUCAAUUUGGCUAAGCACACCACCAGCCGGGACUUUGUCAUUGCCAUCGGGACAUACGCCCAGAUGAAUAAUGGCUCCAAUCCAAUGUUCCGGGAUAUCAACCUGUAUGACCUUUUUGUCUGGAUGCACUACUACGUAUCUCGGGACACCUUACUUGGAGGCACCAAUGUAUGGCAGAACAUCGAUUUCGCCCACGAGGCACCAGGCUUCCUUCCCUGGCAUCGACUAUUUUUGCUCAUGUGGGAAAAUGAGAUCCAGAAGCUUACGGGGAAUGAGAAUUUUACCAUCCCAUACUGGGACUGGAGAGACACUGAGAAUUGUGACGUCUGUACAGAUGACCUAAUGGGAGGCAGACACCCCACCAACCCAGAUAUUCUCAGCCCAGGCUCUUUUUUCUCCUCUUGGCAGGUGAUCUGCAGUCGAUCAGAAGAGUAUAACAGUCGCCAAGAACUCUGCAACGGCACCAACGAAGGGCCGUUACUCCGAAAUCCCGGGAACCAUGAUAGAGGACGGACGCCACGGCUUCCAUCAUCAGCAGAUGUUGAAUUCUGUUUAAGCCUCACAGAGUACGAGGCUGGGACCAUGGACAAAAUGGCCAACUUCAGCUUCAGGAACACUUUGGAAGGUUUUGCGAAUCCAAGUACCGCCAUUUCGAAUAUAUCCCAAAGCAGUUUGCACAAUGGCUUACACAUCUACAUGAAUGGCACCAUGUCUGAAGUACAAGGAUCAGCGAAUGAUCCGAUCUUUAUAUUGCACCAUGCCAUUGUUGACAGCAUCUUUGAACAGUGGCUCAGAAGACAUCAACCCGCGCGUGAGGUUUACCCUGCAGCCAAUGCCCCCAUUGGACACAACCGGGAAUACUACAUGGUCCCCUUCAUUCCGCUGUACAGGAACGGAGAAUUCUUCAUAUCAUCACAAGAGCUAGGAUACGAUUAUGAAUAUCUACAGGAUUCGAGUCCGGUGCCCUUCCAGAAUGCGUUUGUGUCUUAUUGGGAACAAGCCCGUCAGAUCUGGCCCUGGCUGGUGGGAGCGGCUGUGCUUGGUGGCAUCCUCACGGCACUGAUCGCUGGAUGCACCAUACUGGGAUGCCGUAAGAAGAAAGGGAUUUUAGAGGAGACUCAGCCUUUACUCAUGGAAAGCGACGAUUAUCAACACGUGACCUACCAGUCCCACUUAUAA